AUGGAGGAUUCUAGGAAGGUGGUUGUGAUCGCUUCCGAAAAUGUACCCAAAAUUCGAUCGACACGGGAGGGCUUCAGGCUCAUGUUGCCGGGAUCCUACGACUUUCAGAGCGUCAAGGUUGAUUCAGGUGUCCCUGAUCAGCCCUUCUCAGACGAUGAAACUCUUCAGGGAGCAAUCAAUCGCGCGCGGAAUGCAAAAAAUGCCGUACCAGGCGCAGAAUAUUGGGUUGGAAUCGAAGGAGGGGUGGAGGUGCACAGCGGCGCAGUUUGUUGUUUUGCGUGGAUCGUCGUCAAUCGCAAAGAUGGUCAAACUGGUAAGGCUCGUACCUCAGCGUUCUUCGUAGCGGAAGAGACUGCACGGCUUCUACAUGAGGGUAUGGACUUGGGGAAGGCGGAUGAUAAGGUACUGGGACAGACAAACGUGAAAGAUAAUCAAGGUUCGGUUGGAAUAUUGACGGGAGGUUUGGUUGAUCGGGCAGAUUACUAUACUCAAGCCGUUAUUCUAGCCCUCAUACCGUUCAAAAACCCCUCAUUGAAAUUCGCAUCAUAA